GCCAUUUUGAAGCCGACAGGGGGACCGGGGCGAGCUGCGGAAGGGGAGGGGGUUAGAGGCGAUUGGCUGCGGCGACGGCGGCAGCUCCUCUCCCAGCCCGGAGCAGCGGCAGCGCGGAGCGGACCCGCCUGGGACUAGCGAGGAGAGGCGGACUGCGGCGGGUUUUAAAAUUGUGAAAUCAUGGCUCAUUCAAAGACGAGAGCCAACGAUGGAAAAAUCACAUAUCCUCCAGGAGUCAAAGAAAUCUCUGAUAAAAUAUCUAAAGAAGAGAUGGUGAGAAGACUAAAGAUGGUUGUGAAAACUUUCAUGGAUAUGGACCAGGACUCUGAAGAAGAAAAGGAGCUCUACCUAAAUCUUGCUUUACACCUUGCUUCAGAUUUUUUCCUCAAACAUCCUGAUAAGGAUGUACGUUUGUUGGUAGCAUGCUGUCUUGCUGAUAUUUUCAGAAUUUAUGCCCCUGAGGCUCCGUACACUUCACCGGAUAAACUAAAGGACAUAUUUAUGUUCAUAACAAGGCAACUUAAAGGUUUAGAAGAUACAAAAAGCCCCCAGUUUAAUCGAUAUUUUUAUUUGCUAGAGAACAUUGCUUGGGUCAAGUCUUACAACAUAUGCUUUGAAUUAGAAGAUAGCAAUGAGAUUUUUACACAGUUGUACAGAACGCUGUUUUCAGUAAUAAACAACGGUCAUAACCAAAAAGUACACAUGCACAUGGUUGAUCUAAUGAGCUCUAUCAUUUGUGAGGGAGAUACUGUGUCACAGGAACUUUUGGAUACAGUGUUAGUUAAUCUAGUGCCGGCACAUAAGAAUUUAAACAAGCAAGCUUAUGAUUUGGCAAAGGCUUUACUAAAGAGGACAGCGCAAGCAAUUGAACCCUACAUUACUAAUUUCUUUAAUCAGGUCCUCAUGCUUGGUAAAACCUCAAUUAGUGACCUGUCAGAGCAUGUGUUUGACUUGAUUCUGGAGUUAUACAAUAUUGACAGUCACCUCUUGCUUUCUGUUCUACCACAGCUUGAAUUCAAACUCAAGAGCAAUGACAAUGAAGAACGCCUGCAGGUUGUAAAACUUCUAGCAAAAAUGUUUGGGGCAAAGGAUUCGGAGCUGGCAUCUCAAAACAAGCCACUUUGGCAGUGCUAUCUGGGGAGGUUUAAUGAUAUCCAUGUACCUAUUCGUCUUGAAUGUGUGAAAUUUGCAAGUCACUGCCUUAUGAACCAUCCUGACCUAGCAAAAGACUUAACAGAAUAUCUUAAAGUAAGGUCACAUGAUCCUGAAGAGGCCAUAAGGCAUGAUGUUAUAGUAUCCAUAGUUACUGCUGCUAAAAAAGAUCUUUUGCUUGUCAAUGAUCACCUGCUUAAUUUUGUCAGAGAACGAACACUGGACAAGCGGUGGAGAGUGAGGAAGGAAGCUAUGAUGGGACUUGCACAGAUAUACAAAAAGUAUUCAUUACAAUCAGAAGCAGGAAAAGAAGCUGCAAAACAGAUAUCAUGGAUCAAAGAUAAACUUCUGCAUAUAUAUUAUCAAAACAGUAUUGAUGACCGAUUACUUGUUGAACGCAUCUUUGCUCAGUACAUGGUCCCUCACAACUUGGAAACAAACGAACGAAUGAAAUGUUUGUAUUACCUUUAUGCAACACUGGAUUCAAAUGCUGUGAAAGCAUUGAAUGAAAUGUGGAAAUGUCAAAAUCUGCUACGACAUCAAGUAAAGGAUUUAGUUGACCUAAUAAAGCAACCCAAAACAGAUGCCAGCAGUAAAGCUAUAUUCUCAAAAGUGAUGGUUAUUACAAGAAACCUUCCUGAUCCAGGGAAGGCUCAAGAUUUCAUGAAAAAGUUCACACAAGUUCUAGAAGAUGAUGAAAAAAUAAGAAGUCAGUUAGAAAUGCUUGUUAGCCCAACAUGUUCUUGCAAACAGGCUGAAGGAUGUGUGAGGGAAAUAACGAAGAAGUUGGGCAAUCCAAAACAACCAACAAAUCCUUUCCUGGAAAUGAUAAAGUUUCUUCUUGAGAGAAUUGCUCCCGUGCACAUUGAUACUGAAUCCAUCAGUGCCCUUAUCAAGCAAGUAAACAAGUCUAUAGAUGGAACAGCUGAUGAUGAAGAUGAGGGUGUACCUACUGACCAGGCAAUCAGAGCAGGUCUUGAAUUGCUUAAGGUACUUUCAUUUACGCACCCUAUCUCAUUUCAUUCAGCUGAAACUUUUGAAUCUCUCCUGGCUUGUUUGAAAAUGGAUGAUGAAAAAGUGGCAGAAGCUGCAUUACAAAUUUUCAAAAAUACAGGAAGUAAAAUUGAAGAAGACUUUCCUCAUAUACGAUCUGCUUUGCUUCCAGUGUUGCAUCAUAAAGCUAAAAAGGGACCCCCUCGUCAAGCCAAAUAUGCUAUUCACUGCAUCCAUGCCAUAUUUUCCAGCAAAGAAACACAGUUUGCACAGAUAUUUGAGCCACUGCAUAAAAGUCUGGAUCCAAGCAAUUUUGAGCAUCUCAUUACACCAUUGGUUACUAUUGGACAUAUAGCCAUGCUAGCACCUGAUCAGUUUGCUGCCCCUUUGAAAUCUUUGGUUGCCACUUUUAUUGUUAAAGAUUUGCUAAUGAAUGAUAGGCUUCCAGGAAAAAAGACAACAAAACUUUGGGUCCCAGAUGAAGAAGUGUCUCCUGAAACGCUUGUUAAAAUUCAGGCCAUCAAGAUGAUGGUUCGAUGGUUGCUAGGAAUGAAGAACAACCACAGCAAGUCUGGAACUUCAACUCUGAGGUUGCUAACAACAAUAUUACACAGUGAUGGAGAUUUAACAGAGCAAGGGAAAAUUAGUAAACCUGAUAUGUCUCGGUUGAGGCUGGCUGCGGGGAAUGCUAUUGUGAAGUUGGCACAAGAACCUUGUUACCAUGAAAUCAUCACCCUAGAACAGUACCAGCUGUGUGCGCUAGCCAUAAAUGAUGAAUGUUACCAAGUGAGACAAAUAUUUGCUCAGAAACUUCACAAAGGCCUUUCUAGACUACGGCUGCCACUAGAAUAUAUGGCUAUUUGUGCACUGUGUGCAAAAGAUCCCGUGAAAGAGAGAAGAGCUCAUGCUAGGCAGUGCCUUGUGAAGAACAUAAAUGUCAGAAGGGAAUAUCUGAAGCAACAUGCAGCAGUUAGUGAGAAACUGUUGUCACUUCUACCAGAGUAUGUUGUUCCUUAUACUAUCCAUCUUCUAGCUCAUGACCCAGAUUAUGUCAAAGUCCAGGACAUUGAACAACUCAAGGACAUUAAAGAGUGCCUGUGGUUCAUACUGGAAAUAUUGAUGGCUAAAAAUGAAAACAACAGUCAUGCAUUUAUCAGAAAAAUGGUAGAAAAUAUCAAACAGACUAAGGAUGCUCAAGGACCAGACGAUCCAAAAAUGAAUGAAAAACUAUACACAGUCUGUGAUGUAGCAAUGAAUAUCAUUAUGUCAAAGAGUACAACAUACAGUUUGGAAUCCCCUAAAGACCCUGUACUUCCAGCCAGAUAUUUUACUCAACCUGACAAGAAUUUCAGCAACACCAAAAAUUAUCUUCCUCCGGAAAUGAAGUCUUUUUUCACUCCUGGAAAGCCCAAAGCAGCCAAUGUUCUUGGAGCAGUUAAUAAGCCUCUUUCGUCAGCAGGCAAGCAGUCUCAAUCCAAAUCUUCACGAAUGGAAACUGUAAGCAAUGCCAGCAGCAGUUCAAAUCCAAGCUCUCCAGGAAGGAUCAAAGGGAGGCUUGACAGUACUGAAAUGGACCACAGUGAAAAUGAAGAAUUCACACUGGCUUCGCCCUUACCAGGGAAGAAAACUGACAAAAGGGACGACUCUGAUCUUUCAGAGAUGGAGAAGCCUAGAGGAAGGAAGAAAGCAGCUAUCACAGAUUCAGAAGAGAAACUAAGCAUAGAUGACCUGAAUAAACUGGGUCAAGAGCAGAAACUUAGAGGUAGUCAACGGGGAAGGAAGAGACCUGCAGUUGUUUCAGAAUCUGAUGAAACACAAUGGCAAGAGGAAAAACGGCUAAAAGAAGAUGUCAUAGAAAGUGAGGAUGAACAGAACAGUCCACCAAAGAAAGGGAGAAGAGGACGCCCUCCCAAAGCAAAUAAUGGGGGAACACCAAAGGAAGAACCAGUAGCAAAGUCAUCAAAAAGGAGCAAAAAAAAACAACCACCAGCAGCUGCAGCAGAAGAGGAGGAGGAGGAGGAAGAAAGGCAAACUGAAAACAUUGAACAAAAACCAAAAGGCAGGCAAAAUAGAACACCGAAAAGAACACAGCAGAGAGCAGAACCAUCUGAAACUAGUACAGUUGAAUCAGCACAGUCUACGCCACAGAAAAGACGAGGAAGGCCAUCAAAAACACCACCAUCACAGCAAAAAAAAGUCCGUGCGGGACGUUCCAAACAAGCAGCCAGUAAAGAGAAUGAAUCUAGUGAAGAGAUGGACGUAUUUCAGAGUAGUUCACCUGUCAGUGAUGACAUUCCCCAGGAAGAAGUAAUGGAAGAGGAGGAAGUUUCCACAAUCAAUGUCCGUCGCAGAACUUCCAAAAGGGAAAGGCGAUGAGUGAGCAUGUAGUUGUCAGCCUUCCAGGUGAAAGCUUUGAAGAAUGCUUUUAAUAAAAAGCUUGAGACUGAAUGAAGCUGUUAGUGCACAAAUGGGGUUGCUGAAAAAGAGACAAAACCUAUUUUACUUUUACUGCCCCUGCAUUUGCAGUCCCUAGGUCACAAGCUUUAGCCACACACAUGUUGAUAUCAUUAACUGUGGAUUUUUGUGAAGUGUAAUGUGCGCUGGCUUUGUAGACAUACGAACUAAAGAAGAAAACUGUAAAUAGUUUUUUUUAAUGUUUCUGACUUCUAAAGUGCUUGUAUAGCUUUUAUCUGCGGCUUUAAACUGACAGUACCCCACUGUUUAUUGGAUCUAUUGAUUUAAAAAAGAACAGAAUUUGUUGAAAAUUGAUCUCAAGCAAUAUCUGUCAGUGUUCGUAUUUGUACUCUUGUUGACAUUUAACUGUGAAAAAAAAAAAUCAGUUAAACAAAUAGUGCCACUUUUUUUGCCACUAUUUGUUGAGAAGAAGAAAAAAAAAAAAGGUCUUUGUUUCCUUCAUGAAUCUAACCUAGUGUUUACCUUUAGGCACCUACCUAUCAUCAGAGGUGCUAAAUUACUUUCUUUUGCAGUUGAACAAUGUUGGAUAGAAUAAUACAAGAGAUGCAAAUUGUGAAAGAAGUUGUUUGACUUGUUUUACACCUCAGUAUUGAUGCCAGACUUUUCUGGACUUCUAGUGGCAUUGAAAAUUCAAAAAGGAUUUAAAAUAUUUUAAUUUUAAAAGUGUGUUAUUAAAUAAUGUACUGAAUACCCUACCCAUUUUAUCUUCCCCUAUCAGUUUUUAUUAAUCUACUGUAUCAAUAAAAUUCUGUAACUGAGUUUUUAAUAGUCUAGUAUGUUAAUGUGUAUAGAUAUUUCCUUCUGAACAUGAUGUUCACAAAGAGCAAAUUAUUACUACAUUAUAAUAUGAAAUCUGAUAUAUAAACAUUAGUGAAAAUACAGUUCUUAUUACAAUGUAAAGUUAAUCACAAAGAAAAAUUUUAUUGAUGCAGUGUGUCUUUAUAAAGCUGUUCUUGAGAGCCAAGUGUUUUGUAUUUUAUAGUGAAGUUGCAUGUUUAUGAAAAAUGUGCUGAAAAUGGGAUGUAAUGUUUUUUUGGAAACUCGUAUUUAGCAGUAGUAUAUGGUAGGUUGCCUCAUGAGAGAACCUUUUAUUGAGAGUUUAUUGUACCUUUUUGGUUUUUUUGUUUUUGAGCCAAAUUUUUUUGGUAUGAAGAGCUAAGUUUCUGUUGAAUAACCAGCUGUUGAUUAUUGCAGUCAAGGUAUUCAAGAUUUGAAUGAAGCUCCAUUUUUAUUUUGUGCUACCAUAGAGAGGUUGGGUUUUGGGGGGGUUUUUUUUUAGGUAUAAUCUGCAAAAGAAAAAAAAAAAAAGAAACAAAAUACUUAAAGCAGUAUCCUGUAUGCAGUUUUACAGUUUACAAACUGUGUCUUUGAACCAAAAUGUAUAGGUUGCUACACUAUGCUUAGCCAAGCACAUAUUGUAAUUUCAGGUGCUGUUCUCCCUCUGUUUCCCUACAGUUGACAACAUGUGAAAAAAAUUGAUUUCUAACUUAAAAAAAUUUUAUCUCAUUGAAUAAUGGAGCAUUUUCAUAUAAUCCAUUAAUAAGUUAUAGUUGCAAGGUGGCCUGUAAAGAUUAGAGGAAAGGAUAAUACUAAAACACAGAUUUACAAUUUCCAAACUAUAAGACCUUUAGUAAAGAAACCUUUAGAUUUUUUUUUCAUUAUGCCUUUUUUUUUCUUACCAAUGGAGAAAAGUAUUAUAAACAACUGGAUUAUUCUGCCUCAGCUUGACUUCCCCCCCCCCUCCAGUAUUCAGCUUUUCAACAUUUAUACCUAUCAAUAUGGGGGAAAUGCUGCCUAAAAAGGCAAUUACGGUUCAUUUGAAUUGCCUUUUAAAUAGUUGGCACAACGGAACUGGCUUACUUAUGCUUCAGCAGUGCAAAUGCAAGUUGUUGGCGGGUUUUUUAAUGGUUUAAAAUGAUUGAAAGCUAGCUUUAUAUUUUCCUCUGACAGAAUUGCACUGAAAACAUUUAUGGAAGAUGUACCGUUAAGUCCAUUUUAUACAAAAAUAUGAAAAAUUGAUGCUGAAACUGCUGCAGACUCUUGGGGCUUUAUGUGCAUAAACAUGGUUAGGUUACACUUCAUCGAAUAUUGAUGCACAUUACUGAUCAUAAUGUUUAAUGUAAAUUUAAACUAUAGUUUUGCAAUUUAAAUGUUGAUUUCUUGGGUUAUAAUGUGUAAUUCAUUAUUUCUUGAGAAAUAGGCACAGCAAAUACUUCAUUCUUAUAUUCAAACCUCUUCUAAGUUCAUUCUCAUCUCAUAUAAAGAAAAUGAAUAUUUUAUGUACUAACAUUUUGAGAUCUGCGUACAGUAGCAACAGUAGAGUAUAAUUAUGUAUAAAAGAUAAAUUGCUAACAUUCAGUUAGCAUGCUCUUCUGCAAUGAUAAUGUUAAGUUUAUAAAAAUGUACUGUAUUACAUUAAAAGAUCAAAUUGAACUCACUGUAACAAGUUCCAGUAUGAAAUUUUUGCGAGAUUACCGAAGUAUCUUGCUGUACUUUGCAGCAAAUUAAGCUUGUGUUAUGUUUCCUUUUCUUGCUGCAGUGCAACAGGAAACUUUCAGUGAUCUGUAGUUCAUAUGCAAAGUGCAGACAGUGAUUGUAAUCUUGAUACUAGUGUUUAAGAAUAAUUCACUCUGCUUCCAGAAGCAUGGGAUUUUUUACUUGUCAUCAACGGAGAUAAUUCAUAUUUAGGGCUACCUAAUCCACUAACAGGAAGGAAACAUGGAAUUGCUUGAAAGUUCUAGUGUGAGUACACCUAUUCCACCUAGGAUAAUCUAGAAUUCUGUAUUAACUCUACUUGACUCUGCCAAUUGACUUUAUUUUCUAGUAAAAUUGAACCUUUUUUCAAAUACUUUGACAUUUGCUGUUUUGACAUUUCGAUCUAUGUGAACAAAAACGUUAGAAUUUACAAAAAAGCAUUCAUAUUAAAGACAUUUCCACUGAAAAUGAAUAUGCUCAAUUUGUGAGUAACUUGCAAAAAACUUAGACUUGAAGGUUAAAUACUUCAUUCUGGCAUAGCGUUUGUCACCCAAUAUUCUAAAAAAAAAAACCAAAAACAAACCAAAACCCACUACCAAACUUCACAAAGAUGUGUGUGCAGUUUUCUUGCCUUUUUUUUUUUUUUUUUUUGCAUGUGUAGGUUUUGACAGAUUAUCAAAGUCUGCUUUUGAGAACACAAUAGAUUUUGGAUCCUGCAAGUUUACAUCCCUGUGGUUCUGUGGGGUUAGUUCUUAAAUGCAUUCGUCCUAUGCAAAUACAAGUACAAAACCAACUACAUUGAUAUGUUUGAAUAUUCUAACAUUUGUGCACACAGGGCACGUAAUGAAAAAAGCACACAUGUAUCUUAAAAUUGUAUACCCUAGAUAUACAAAAUUUUUGUCAAUGGAAAUAUUUUUAAAAAUUGUCAUUGUUUAAAUAUAUAUAUAUACUUAUAUAUAUAUUUAUAUAUAUGUAUAUUUAUAUAUAUAUAUGUUGUAGAGAUUGGUACAUAUCUACCUCAUCAAGGUAGGUGCAGUACAUAUUUUACGAAGAAUUUUUUGAAGAAACACAUUCAGGUAUACUACCGUGUUUGCCCAAGGCAGCGUGUCUACAAACACAUGAUUAAGAUGAGUUCUAGAUGGCUAUCCUGCUAGUCUGAUGGCUCUAUGAUGCCCAAAAUGAUAAAAUUCAGCUGACGAAGAUCCUCUGUCCCGUCAUCCAUCAGAAGAAGAACCUGAAUGCAUUCCUGUUUCCCAUUAUGCUCAGAGAUUGCCGUUCCAGUCUUUGCAACUUGGUUGGUUGUUGCCUAUACAAAAGAUGUUUACUAAUUUAGGUGCAAUUUCCUAACACUGACAGAAGUGACUUAUAUUCGACAGACAUAAACAGACUUCCUGCUGUGUCAGUAGGUUUGUCUAACGUACUUAGGACACCUGCUUCGUUACAUACAGUACAUCUUCUGGUAUUUUCUUGCUAGUGGAAAAGUAGGAAGCUGAAUGUUGGCAACUGGGAUAGAAAUAUAGAAAAACCCCUACCCAGUUUGCUUUAAAGUUCUGUUAAAUUCUGCUGCCUAGAAGAUCUGACCUCUGCACAGAGUUCACCAAGUGCCAUUGUAUUUGUAUAGGCAGGAUAAACGUAGUAUCAUACCGUGUGUAUAGGCGGUAUAGUAACAAAAAGGUUUCACGCUUGCAUUUUUUUCAGUGCCUCACUACACUCAUGAUGUGGUUUUUAGUAGCACUUUCAUUUCUAUGAUGAAGAUAUAUAUUGUAUAUGCUUUUGAGAUAGCAUUGUAUCUUAUCUAUGUAAGAAGGAAGAAGGUCUCUCAAAUACAUAUUUCUACCCUGCAAAUCAGUAUUUCAGUAAUCAUGUGAUAAGUUACAAUUAGUUUUAUCAGUUUCUUUGGAGGACGGAUAACAUCUUAUAAGGUGGUUUAUUUGGCUAGCCGUGUUUCUGAUGCUCGUAUCCUACCUCAUGUGUGUAGAUACAAAGGAAUGCAGUAUUUUGAAAAUCAAAGCAGUAUUAUUGAAUACACUGCCUGCUUACUUGGAAGUAAUGUGAACUGCAGGGUUUUUUUUAAAUAUUAACAAAUUUGUUACGUGGUUCUGAACAGAUCCAGAGAGCUGAAGGUUUUAGAUAUUAGGUUCUGUAAGACUAUGUCAGUAUUGUUGCAUUUUAUUAAUUUUCUAUAGAUAGAAGACAAUUGCUCAAAUUAUGACAUGCAGUAUAAGAGAACACGUGAACUUAGUAACAAUCUUAAGUAGUAGUAGUAACUUUUGUUGGUAUUAUAAUAUAAACGAAUGUGUUAGAAUGAAACAUGCUUGCCCUAAAAAGCUUUUUCUUUAAUAUGUUGAGAAGACAUGCUGAUAAUAUAAAACAGCUUUCUUCUAAAGUCACAGCACCUUGAAAUAGUCUUGUUUGGAACAGCUGGCUUUUUGGUAGAUAUAUUUUAAAGCUUACAGCUUUCUGUGUUCCUUGUAGUAUGUUUCUAUUCAGCAAAAUUAAAUUCUUGUAAACUAAAGAUAUUUUGAAGAAUAGAAGAGUUUUUAAUCCAUAUUUAAUAAAACAAUAAGGUGUUCAUUUUAAGCAGCGAGUUUUUUUUUUUUUAAUAGCCAUAUCUGUAGGUGCAGUAACAUGUUACAAGAACCUGAUGUACACCACCAUUUCUCAGGAGCCUUUGACCUGCAACAUACUGAAAGGCAGUAGAAACUGCCUUUGUGUUUUCCCCAAAAGGCAUUUACUGUUGUCCUUCCAUAACCAUUUCAAAAGAUAAGACCUGGAGGAGGAAGGGAGAGAAAAAUGAUGGGUUUAUUUACUUUCUAUUUAUCUUCUGCUGUAUUCUGUAUGGUUUAGGUGAUGGAAAAACAAUGGUGUGUGGAGGUAUGUUAGGUGAAAAAUGGGGUAUUAGGAAUGAGUUAUUAAUUUGAAAGGUGCUAGAGAAGAGUAAAGGGUUAGGGAAUCAACAGAUAAAUGAGAUGGGAAAGCAGUUACCCGAUACCAGAUGACCAGUGAUAGGAGUCUUCUAUUCAAAAUAAAAGCCUAGAUGAGGGAAGCUAAGUUAAUGAUGAUGAUAUUAUCAUUAUUAAUAUUUAUUUAAGAGAGGAGAACUGAGGAUAUGUUGCUUGCUUUGAUUUGCAGGAAGAGGUUGGAGUGUUGAAAUAGAUGUAAGAACACGCAUAGAAUUGAGCCUAGCACCCAGAGUGUGUUUGUGGAAAGAGGGUGAUAGCUGCUGCUGAGGGCAGAUGUCAUUAGUAAGGAAUUUGGAAUAGUUAGACAAAAGAGGAUUCUAACCUUCAGAGGUAGGAAGAUAAGGUUAAGGUAGCAUGUGUUCAAAUGCAACACUAAAAAUGAGGCAAAAGAGACCAAGAUAUAAGCUAUCUGGAAACAAGAGCUCUCAAAGCUGCCUAAUAGCAACAGUCUUCACAGGUGCACACUGCAGACAGCAAUAUAUAACCAUCAGUAAUGAUGUCUCCUGCAAUGCCUCUCAUUAAAUCUUUCAAUGUGACCUCUUUUCUUAGCAGCUUUUUGUGAAACCCUGGUGACCCAGUCUCUCCUACUAAUUUCAGUAUACCUUCUUAGCAGCCUGGGAUGGUUAUCCCCUUCCCUCACAUAUAUAUGUCCUCUCCUAUGGGACAACGUGUGUCUUAUGCUCAGUCAUUGCUGCUUUUCAUUCCCUGGUUUCUGAAUUUCAGGUUUCUGAAUCUUUCUUGUUUGCGACAUUGGCUCUUCACUAGAUACCGGGAUAGAGAGGGUGGUCGGUCACUGGAACAGGCUCCCCAGGGAAGUGGUCACAGCACCAAGCCUGUCAGAGUUCAGGGAGCAUCGGGAUGACACUCUUAGUUGUACGGUUUAGCUUUAGGUAGUCCAGCGAGGGAGUUGGACUUGAUGAUCCUUAUGUGUCCCUUCCAACUCGAUGUUCUGUGAUUCUAAAUGGAGCCAUCAUGCUGCUUGUUUCACAGCCAUCAAGUUGUGAAACAAAAGCAGACAUCAGACUGCUACCCAACUUCAGUGCAUGUUGGAAAAGGUGUGUACAAGUUCUGUAGUUGAACUAGAGAACUAGUAGUUGAACUGCUGCUACAUUUUAAUAUCUCGGUUUCCCGGUAUCUAGUGAACCAAGCUCCUUCCAAGGUUAUAAUAAUUCUCCAAAAUUACAAAGCUGUCUUCCGAUAUCUGGCGUGCAUUAUCCGGUGAAAAGGCAAGUAAGGACUCCCCUGAAGCAUAAGUAGCCAACUCUGCUCCCAAAUACAAAACAUUGUAAACCAAAAAGAGGAAUAAUUUGGAGGGAUUUGGGUGGAAGUUCAGUUCAUUUCUUGCUGUUUGCAUUAGGGAAGAAGCAAGUGUUUGGUAGGAACUUGAAAGGAAAUGAAGAUAAUUGCAGUAAGGAAGAUCAAGUUUUGCCAAACCGUUUUCUUGUAUUCCUGGAAGGAACAGGAAAAGUUUCUCAUAAAAUAUGUAUCGCUUCAGCAACUUUUAAUGAUUUUGUAGUUGGGUACUAUCCUGACAAACGUGUGGCAGCGGCUUAUGGGAUAUUACCCUAAUUCUGCAUGGGAUCGUAUUUUAAUCUCUGCAAAGAUCUAAAAAUGAAUUUUGUUUUCUUCUUCCUAAGCUGCUCUGCUACUUGUAUUGUUUGGUUUUUUUAUAACUCUGGAAUUUAAUAUCAGAUCAGCAUCCAUUGCCUGCUUUCCAUUUUUGUAUUUACCCAAAAUAAGGAAGUGAGAGAUGGCAAUAACACAGGACUAGUGUCACUUAGUGCUAUCAUAUUUAGUUUUAAAAUACUUGUUGUACCAGGAGAACACUUUAAGUCCAUACUUAAUUCAUUAAUUUGUUCAAAACUUGUGAUUCUACCUUCUUAGUUUCUAUGCUACUAUUUCACAUUGAAUUUGGAACACAGUUUUCUUUUGUAUUGUUUCCUGUUUGUGCAAGUUGGGCUAAAAGAGCCAAUUAUGAUCUGCCUAAAAAAAGAAGGUAUUAAUAGUAUAGAAUAAGUAGUGUGUUGCUGCUACAUACUAGAGCCUUCACCACAGAAAAAUCUUAUAUGUUGUUUAGCCUCAAAUACUUGUUUUCAGUGUAAACCAUUUGUUUCUAUUGGAGCCUGUGGAGUUGUAAAACAGAUUUCAACAGUCAGGACCUUCCUUCUGCUUGAUACACAUACACUUAUAACAUACAUAUGUUGUUUGCAUAUGCAAAUACUUGGCAUAAAGCAGCAAAAUGAAGGUGGAGCUUUGAAAUAUUGUCUAUAUAGUAUACAUAGAAUUGCAAACCUUUUGUCUCUGACUUUAUACAUGCACAUUUACUGAAAGAACUUGCUGCUUAAGGUUGGAGAAUGUUUUUGCAGUCUUCAGGGAACAAUACUUACUCCGUUCUCUCUCACAUGCUGUAUAAGUUUGUAUGGACAGUGUGCCUAAUGCCAUGUUUGUUUCUUUAAAUUUCCUGAUGAAAUAGCUUUUUGUGUGCCAUUUUUCUACUGUGUGGUCUGUUGUCUUGUUAGCAACUGAUUCCCUCCUAAGACUGACUUGAUGGGCUUCACUGAGGAAGGCCAUUUGUCUAUUGUCUUGACCCUACAGGAGCUCUUGUUUGAGUGGGGAAUAGGUUUUGGGUGAAGUUCAGUCUUUUUACCUCCAUACUAAGAGCGAAAGGGACGUGUUUUAAAAAUUAUUCUAUAAAAGAACCACUUUUUCAGGUCCCUUUGUAUAUCUAGGUGGGCCUGGGCACAUUCCAGUUCUCAGAAGAAACAACUUUCUCCAUUGUUAGUACUAAAGACAGGGAACGGUCUUCUGAAGAUACCUCACCGUAUCGCAACACAAUUUCAUUGUUAUGCCAAUAUGCCCUGAGAUCUCUCAGCUCAAGCUGGGGCUAUAGAGGCACACCGGUGCCUCUGGAUGGCUGGAGCUGAUGUGGCUUUGGCCUUCCCCAACAAGGACUGCGUGGCUGGUCUGAUGUCACUGGUGACUUCACUUCUGUACCGGAGGAAACAGUACCAUUAUUACAGUUCCUAUUCUCAGCAAGAAAAGUAUUCCUUAGUACUGAAGCCACCCCUGCUUAGGACCCACCACCCUAUUUAAAUUCAAGACUGAUGAGGAUUUUAAGUAGUUUUUAAGUAGCUGGGUCAUCCCAUUUUGUUAUAAAGGGACUAAAAAAACCCCAGAGUGUUCCUCAGUUUAAAUUCCUGGAAUGAAUGACUGAGACAACUGGGGGGCUUCUUAGACUGGAUCCCCUAUUUGAACCUCUGGAUUCCAUGUUCUUGGUAAUGACAUGUGAUGUUCCUGAUAGCCAUUACCUCUGCUAGACACAGGGAGAUCCUCACCCUCGCAUCCCUUUCUAUUGUCUUUCAGCCAUGUUUCUCUGUUCCUCUAUUGUCUUCAUUGCAAAAGCAGUGGGAGUUUCAUCUUGGCCAGGAAAUUGCUUCAAGUCUUUUUCUUGUGAGCCUUUUGCUUUUAGGUCUAAUUUGUCUGUCACAGUCUUGAUAUCAGAUGGCAUUUUGAUUUUUUUUUUUUUUUUUUUUUUUAUCAGACCUUCAGACAUCCUUUAAGCUGUUCAUUUCCCCUGCAGGUGUUCUGUCUAGGUGUUCUGCUAUUUCUAACCAGUGACUGUACAACAGGAUAGUAGUUGGUGUCCAGGCUUUCUGUGAAAUACUUCUAGGAGGUCAGUGAUCAAAGUGGAUUCUGCCAGGACUCCGAUGGUUCGGAACAGUGCUUGAAGAUCUGCUGUAUUCUGGUGCAUCUGCAUGCAGCCUCAUUCAUGCUUUCAUGAAUCUAAAAUCAGAUUUCGCCACACAAAUUUCACCACUAGAGCUGAUGGGGGUCAUCUGGCACACUGAUAGUACACAUAGCUUGGUGGGGGAUUUUUUUGAGAACCUUCUCCUGUGCUUGACAGAAGCUAACUGCUACUAUACUAACUGCGCUAAAAAUGGUGUAACGUUUUUAUGGAGUGCACACCAACUUGCUUGAAGAAAAAGUAAGUUAGUGUAUGCACAGCGGGUGAUCGUUGAGAAAUGUGAGCAUCCUAUUUUUUUUCCUGUCCUUUGGUAUCUACUAUGAAUACAUUCCUGCAGCUGAGAGGUACCGAAAUGCUGAGUAUGAGAGGAGAGAGAAUAUAGAACAUGACAGCUUUGCGUAUGGCAAGGGAAAACUCUCUUGUCUCACAUGGCAGAGAGAAAUACAACCAUGUAAGAACCAUGGCAAUUAAAGUAAUAGAUGCAUGCAUUUACUUCCUUUCUGCCAUUUCUGUUGUUAGUCUUCUGAAAUAUCUAAUGUUUUAAUUUCCUACAGAGUAGGAACUGAAAUGGAACAGUUUUGUCAUGUGCACGCUCUUGAGAGAGGGCAGGUGGUGAGUAUAUGCUGAAGAAGCCACGUGUUCUUUGCUCUUGGGUUCUGUGCACACCUGUGAAAAUGUUCAUUGGUAAUAACUCCAGUGCCUGUUAGGUCAUGCCUCUUGUCUUCCCUCUUACACAUCUACAUUUUUAAUGUGCUGAAGCAGAGUGUAGUAAAAUGGUCCUGAAAACAAGGUUGCAAGACUUAAGCAUAGUAUAUUGUUUUCCUUAUUUGAACCAUGGUUCUUACUUUUCUUCAUACGACAUAGACUGCUGUGGAAAUGGUCUUAGUGGCUAUGAGGGGGAGAGCUACCAAACUAGGGAGAAAGUUCAAGUCCUCAUGGGAGAACAGAGCGCACUGUUGCUCUACAUAGCAGGGAGCAUCUGUGUUCAAUAAAAGACUGGCUGUAGCCAUGGAAAACUCCUCAGAAUGUAAGCGUGAUGUGCUAAAAACAAAAUCAGCACGUACUCUCUAUUUAGGGUUUUUGUAUCUCUGUAUCUUCACAAUUUCUUUUGAUGUUUCUGCUGUGGGUUCCCAUCCACUCUGUGCUGUUCCUUCUUGUUAGUCGUGUCUAAUAGCACAAAUACAAAUGAGGAAAACCACAUCUAUCUCAAGAAAAAGUCUGUCUAAAACUCUUAAAGUUCUGCCUAUUUUGUCAACAGCAGAUGUACUCUGUUCUUUGCUGUACAUUCAGUGGCCCACGAGGCUUUGAUAAGCAGUGGUGAUUAAAAACAGCCCCUGAGAAGGAAGGUUCAUUGCCCACCAUCGCUGGGCCAUGUACCUGUUCGCAUAGAUCUGCUGUGGCUGAGAGCCAGAGCUAUGCAAGAGGAAAAGUGCUAAUGAAUGAAAAAUGGUGGAAUGGAGUAAGAGAAUAAAUACACUUUUUAAACCCUGAGAAUAUCCUAGGAAAAAAGGGGUCCAAAAGAAAUGCAUAAAAAAUGCAAACUUGCAGAUUCUUGUAGGUGGCCUUUUUAAGUAAUGCACUGAAUUUGAGGUAUGGGUGAUGUUCAGGUGAUUUACUGAGAAAAUGUCUCUAUGAAUUAAAGUAUUUCAGCCCCCUGCAAAGAGGACUAACUUCACUGAACAGUGCAUGAACAGUCACGUGGUGAGCAAGUCACACAGCACUUUCUGUCCUGAAGGGAAGCAGUAUAAAUUCACAUUGCUGAAGGGAGACUUCUACCAGGUUUAGAUUCGAGCGAUGUGGUAUCACUUAAUCCCCUCAGCUUAGCGAGCUUGCGUCCAAGGGAGCACUUUGGCCAGUUGGGAUGAAAGGUUAGGUGAUUUACUGCUGGGGUGGAGCAAGAGGUCAAGGGAGAAACAGGCUGUUACAGAGAUGGAGAACAGGCACGGACCAAGAAUAGCUUGCCAGUCACGGGUUUAAAUGUGCCAUGGUGAACGGAGCUGGGAGAUGAGGACGUGAUUCACGGGAUGGGAAGAAGCUGCAAGCUAAUCUCCCUCCUGGGCAUGGUCCAGGUGGUAAUCCAUAGAGCAUUUCAAUCCAGGCCAUAUUUGAAUUAGAUGACAUAAGGAAUGGGUUGCUUAUAUUGUAUUCUGGUUGCUUAUACCAAACCACAAAGAUUUUCUCUUGCCUCGUUCUAGGCGUAGGAGGUAUCAGUUAACCGAAUGGGUAGAAACAGUGGUUGGAUGAUUGGACUCGGAGGGCGGUGGUUCAGGGGCCACUGUGCCUCAAGGGUGGUAAACAACUGGGGUGCCACAGGGAUCUGUCCUGGGGUGUGUUAAAUGUUCAACAUCUUUAUCAGUGGCCUGGAGGAGAUCACAGAGCGCUUGCUCGUAAAGUUCCCAGAUGACCCAAGACGGGAGGAGGCAGUCAGUCUGCUGCCAUUCAGACUCCUAGAAUCCUUGGAGGAAUGGGAGCACCUCAUGAAACUCAGUAAGGACAAAUGUAAAGUCCAGCCCCUGCCCAGGAAGAACGCUUGGCAAUGAUACAGGGUCGGGGACUGACUAGUUUGGGCAGCAGAUCUGCUGAAAAUCACCUGGGGGAGUUGGUGGACAGCAUUGUGGGAUGUAUUAACAGAAGCAAAGCCAGCAGGUGAUUAGGAGGUGGUGAUUAACCCCUCUAGCUGUGUCUAGUAAGUACUGAGUAGAGACUGUGCUCAGUUUUGGCACCCCGAGAACAUGAAAGACUGAUAAAUUCCUGUGAGUUCAGCGGAGGGCCACCAAGCUGGUCAGGGCCUGGAGCACAGGCCCUGUGAGGGGAGGCUGAUGGAGCUGGGCUCUCGGCGUGGUUUUGGGGGGACCUGAGAGCAGCCUGCCAAUACCUGCACGGACGUUACUGAGAAGCUGGGCCCGGGCUUUUCACAGCAACGCAUGGUGGGAGGAAGGGAGACGGUGUGUAAGGCUGGAUGCAAGGAGAAACUUAGGAAAACAAACUGACCAGAAUGGGAUCAUUUGAGCAGCAGGACAAGUUGCCCGGGGAGAUUAUAGUCUCCCUUGGAGAUUUUCAAGAACCAGCUGCGUAAAGCCCUGAGCAGCCUGGCCUGACCUCAUGGCUGACCCUACUUUGAACUGGAUUUUGGACUAGAGAUCUCCUAAGGUCCCUUCCAGCCUGAAUUAUCCCAUGAUCCCAUUCCUGUGGCAGCAUAGUUUAUGAAGUGGGAAUCAUGAAAUAGGGAAACUUUCCCUGGCUUGGCCAAUUUAGGUCACUCUGUUAUAGCAUUCAGACCCCAGAAGCAUUUGGCCAACUGCCCCUGCAACAUCAGCAGCAUGAGGGAUACUGGAGACCUCUCACCAGGGCUGGGGAGAUGGGCUUUUGCCCACAGGAGGUGGGUGCGUGGGGGGGGUCUGUGUUGCCAAGUAGCAGAGCUGUGGGAGGAAGGUGGUGGCUGCACAGCAUCAGGGAUGACAAGAAAGAUCAAGCAGACCUUCUCCAGGACCUGCACGUGCAAAGCCUGGAACCCCAAAAGCUGCACUCGAGGUACAGGCAGAGUCUGUCGGGUGGGAAAGUAGGACUCCCACUACGAUGAAGGCUGGGAGCUGGUGGCUUCUAGCCCCAGAAGCAUGGCUCCUGCUCCCCCUGCAGAUCUGCUACUAGGGAAGAGAUUCAGAGUCUGGCAGCAGAGCAGGGGCUGGAAGCUCCCUCCAGUGCAGGUCAGUACUUCAGCUGGUAGCACUGGGAGAAAGCAGUGAAUGGCAGCAGUGGGAGACUCCAUCUGCUGACCCAACCUGGUACCUAAGGGAGGCUUGCUGGGGGCUUGGAUCCUGCUUUUCCAUGUGGGCACCAAGGAUGUGCCUGGGGAGACUAGGAAUCGCAGGGAAGGGAAAUGGCAACUCACCAUCAAGCGAUGGAUCGGGCUGGCAAGCAAAGGGAAUCAACAAAAAAAAGGGCUGAAAGGGGCCAAUUUUGAGAAAAGUACCUGCAGCAGGGCUUUAUGGGGGAAGGUCUCAUGCCUCUUCUGGGAAAUCAGAAAAACCCGCGUGCCUCUCUGAAGUGCCUGUACACUAAUGCAUACGGCAUGAUGAGCAAACAGGAGAAAUUAGGGGUCUGUGUGUAGUUGCAGGGCUAUGAUCCAGUUCAGAUCACAGGGAUUUGAUGAGAUAGCUCACGACAUGAGUGCCACCAUGGAUGGAUACGAGCUCUUACGGUUAGAACAGGAAGGGGAGGAGGGGGAGUUGCCCUGUAUGUGAGUGCAGCAGGGGUGCAGCGAGCUCUGGGUGGGAUGGAUGAGGAGCCAUCGAGAGCUUAUGGGACAGGAUUAGCAGGCAAGUCAACAUGGGUGACAUUGUCGGUGUCUGCUACAGACUGCCUGAUCGGGAAGAAGCAGUAGCUGAGGCUGCCUUCAGACAGCUAGAAGAAACCUCAUGUUUGCAGGCCCUGGCCCUUGUGGGGACUUACGGACACCAGAGGUUCCUUCCAGCCUCAAGUAUUCUGUGAUUCUGUGUUACGCUCUGCCUUCUAGGAAGCCUGCAAUGAAAAUACCAGUCAUGGGAAUGAAGCACUAGAGAAUUACCUAAGGGGUUGAGUGUUUGCUGCAGUUGAAGAUACUUUGAUGAUUUCUCUCAUUGUACAAGGACCAAGGAGUAUGGAUAUCUGGAGCUUGGCUAUGCCUUACCUGCCAUAUUCUUCCCCUUUAACGGGGAUGGUAGUGUUUUGGCUACUGCUAUGUGCAUGGCUGCUUAUAGCAGAGAGAGCAGGUUAGACCUUUCCUUGUCUAUCGUAGGAAGAAAAAAUUUUAGCCACUGCAUCUUGAACAGAAACACUACAUUGUGUUCUCUCCAGUGGUCUUUGUAGCCCUCUAAAUUGGCCAAAUCAAGAGAUUGAUGGCAGAGCUGCUCUGCUGGGAAGAACUGGAGAUAAAAGGCUGAUGGAGCAGCCUCCACAUCAUUGUAAAAAGGUUUUAUUUGAACUCUUCCCCCCCCAAGUCCUCUCCUAUAGCACUUGAGAUUCCCAAGAGUUAUGUUCAUGGGUAAACAGUGUGUUUUAUUAAGCAGACACAGUACCAUAAGCAGGACUGUUUCCACUAAUAUGGAAUUCCCUAGGGAUAAGUCUGUGUGUCCCUUCUCCAUCAUAGGUCUUACGUACUGAAGAAAAAAAACCCAACCCAAACCAAAACAAAGCCAACAGGUCUUUUCCUGUGUUACAUAUGUAAUAGUUAUUGGCAAGGAUUUUAACUUUCCUUCCCACAAGGAUGGCUUAGGGUUUCUUUUAGGAUGUGGGAGGUGCCAGUGUGUGUGAUGUGAAUAGCAGAAACCAGGUCAAGCACAGGAGUUCAUGACCGGACUGGCAUUUGUUGGGGAGAGAGGCUGAGAUCAAAGAACAGAAAAGUGGUUGUACUGGGAAACGGUACUCUGCAAGAGAGACAGACUGCCUCCAGUAGCGGCCAGAAAUGGGUGCCUAGAGGAGAAUAAGAACAGGGUAAGAGUAUAUAGUAACUCCCCCAGACAUCCCUGUUGCUGUGAGCUAUUUUCAGUCCAGAGGAUUUCCUGAGCUUGUUGUGGUUUAACUGUUUCGUAACUUGCAAUGGAUCUCUCUUCCAAGUCCACUCUCCCUUUCAACCCACAAAAACUACAUGUGCAGGGUGCUCCUUGGCAAGCAGCUACUGUGUGAACUGCCUCUGAUUAUGUGUUUCUGAAUCCAGGUCCUACUACCUUCAUUUGACCGUCGCUAGUUCUGGUGGUGGAGGGCAUGCUGAACGGUCAGCCCUUGACCACCCUCCUCAUGCCACUUAGCCCUUCACAAUACUGCUUUGCUUAAUCUGUGUUUUGGGGUUUUUUGAAGGCUAUAAAGAAGCCAUCCCAUGUCUUUCAAAGAAGACAGCAAGGGUAAUCAAACUUUUCUAGUUCUGCCAUUUCAUUUUGACAUGAGGAGGUUGGAACUGUCCCCAGUUUUGGUAUAAUGGUUCUUUAUUCCUUCUAAUAAUUCCUACCACUGGGUUUUCUUCUUUGAGCACUGAGCUGCUGUUAGAAUGAAAGCAUCUACCAGAACGCCCAAGUCUUGCUCAUGAACAGUAACAGUCAGUUGAGGGUGUAUAAAGAAAAUUCCCUAGCUAUGGGAGGAGUUUAAUUCCUCCAGCAGGGAUUGCAAUCUUCUGCCUUACCCAAGAAAAGUUUAAAAUGGCAGAAAAAGUGAGGAGGAGCGACAGUACUUCCUCACACUUUUGUUUCCUUUAAAUGCUGGCUGCUUUUCUUUGCCUCGGACAGCUAAGCCCUCUUCCUUAAAAUCAUGAGCACUAUCUGAGACUGAGGUCUCUGCACUGGCCACAGUGUAACAGAAGUAGUAGGUAAGUAAGAUGGUUUUUGUUUUCAGUGGGAACAGAAAACUGUCCAAGAGCAAUCUGUAUUUCACUGAAACAGUGGUCUGGUUUUUGUACCUAUGGAAAGGGUGUGCAUUUCUCACUUGCAUGAACAGUAUAGUAUUUCAUGAACGUACUAGCUGGCAAUUAGCUAGCAGCACAUAUAGAUUGACUGUAAUACUGUGAUAGUCAGCUACUAAAUAAUCAAAAGCAAAGCUGCGUAGGCUUGUAACACCCAAAAAGGAAAGACCUCACUGGUAGUGUCACUCUGUUAGAAGGAGCUCCCAGUACUUCAGUUAAAAACAAGCAGGUUUCUUCCUGGCUGACUUCUUUAAAAUUUAUGGUCAGCCCUGCAGCAUCUGAUUCUUUAACUUGGGUUUCACUUAGCCUGUGGUGCUGUUGUCUGUUUAUGCUUCUAUGUCUGUUUGUUCCAUGUUGCGUUGGCAUUUAAUAUAAAUAAGAUGGGCUUAUAGUCUUGAUUUUUUUUUUUUUCUAAGUAAAUAUACAUUUCUAACGGUUCUUCAGAAACCGGCCUGAUGUGUGAAUCACUUAAUAGAUGGCUAAAUGUGACCAGCAAUGAAAAAGGUGACAAACUCCCUUCCUUGCAUUUCACGUUGCUGUGAACAAUGCCUCAACGUGUCCAUGGUUCUGUUGGAUAAGAUGAUGUCGUGCAGGUUUUUUUUUCCUGGUUACUUUAGUACAGAUGUGCACACCAGCCUCUGAGAGGCUUGAGAGCUUUGUGCUGUAGUCAGUGACAGAGAGGAGGACUGAGUCAUAAUGGCUCAAAAUGUUUUGGUAGCUUCUCUAAGGUUGAAUAAUAUCUUCAAGUUGGGAUACCCUGUGGCUUAUGGCGAGAGACAUCUUGGGAGCCAACUCAUGGUGGCCUGAUCCGGGGAGCUGAGGAGCUGCACCCCAGCCUGGGGUAUCCCACUCACGGCGGCUGCCCUGAAAUGGAGGCAGGAGGUCUCUCCCAACCAAGGGAGAGGUGCAAGAGGACAUGUGUCUGCACCUUGUCUUCCUCACUUGGACAACAGCUCGUGGCCCUUUGGGGUGGGCUUUGGAGAGGCGCAGGCAAAGAUGCUGGGCUGUUAGCGCUGCGCACGUUGCCCGAGCAGCUGUUCCCCAUCUUCUCCAGGGGAAGGAGGCACGGGGCCAGGCAGAGACCUCCUGCAGCCCGGGUCUGGCCUGCAGACCCCAGCUGGUCUCUGCCGAGCUAGCCCAUCCAUGCUGCAGCUGCGCUGAAAAUUAUCUGCUUGUGCAAGAUUUAUAUGUUUUAAUUAGUGUGGUUUGAUGUGGGGUGUGUGGGUAUAACCGAUCACAUUCUAAAAGUAGUUUCUCCUACCGUUUUGAAAGUCCAUAUCUAUAAAUCCAAGACUGUUAACAUGUAUUAGGUUUGGCACUGUUUCUGAAGUGUUGCUUUAGAUUAACAUCGAUGUUGUAUAUGUAUUGAAUCUUUUUUUUUUUUGAUCUAGGAAAUGAAUGUUAUUGUUGUAAGCAAGAAAUAGGCUGUUUGAAAAGGCGUGAGGCUGAACUAUUGGUGUGGCUAGUGGGCGUUAACAUGAACGGCUUUCUUCUCUGUUAUUUUAAACCAGUGAAAUUGCUGAUAAGGGGCUUUUAGUUGGGAGAAGAAAGAGCAAAUUUGGUGCCUCCGCUUUAUAGGCAGGCAUCCUCUCUUAGCUAUGCGUUAUGGAUCAUAAGAAAUAGUUUAAAAGAACAAUAUGCAGACAAGGCAAAAAUAUUAAAUCAUCUGAUGGUAAUUUUGAUUGCAGUGCAGUCAUUUAAAACUUUGGUACUUUCUGGAAAGGAUAAAUGUGGACGUUACAGAACUUGUAUGAAAAAAGGAAGUAUAGGGCAAGACAGGGCAUGUCCACAAGGGCUUUAAAUAGAUAGACGGCGUGGUGAUUAAUUUGAAUGGUGCUGGGUAGGACAAGUGUCCAGGGAGGUGUGGAAGGGAGCUGGAAGGAGCAUACAUUCCUGGGUGCUCCUGGAGGAAGCUGAUGAAAGAAGAAUAAUUACUUAAAAUAACUUAAAUAUUGACUUGUGCUCUGGGUAACUUCCAUCUGACUUAGUGGAAGUUCCUUUUUACCCAGAUUUUAGUCGAAUCUGUGCGCAUUGUUAUGCUGAAGAAAGAUUAUUUUCUCAAAGACAAUGUUUACAGUUUGCAAGAUGAUCAAACAGAUGGUUUAAAUUUGUUCUGAUGCUCUGUGUUUUUUCACAGUCUUUUUGUAAGUUAAAUAAACUUGAAAAUGA